AUGUCACACCCGAGCUCAGCGCCGGCGCCAGCUCCGGAAGCGACCGCCACGCCUCUGCCGAUCCGCCCCAACCAGCCGGCCGGGUCCAGGGAGGAAUCUUCACACGAACCCGUUCGCGGUGAAACUCCGCCGGCAGCAAGUUCGGAGCCAAGCUCGGAUGGUUUCAAGUUGCCCAAGCUCCGCCUCCGGAUCGAUGAUAUCACACACCCUGGCGCCUCCAUCUUCCUCGGCAACUACAAUGCCUCGGGGGACUUUGAGCACUGCGUCCGCUCCGUCAUCCGUCAGCUGUACAGCGACACCGACAAGUCCCCCUCGGCGACAACAGCACAUCAGCUCCGCCACCACCCACCACCCACGCGCUCCGUGACCCUCAUCCUCCGGGACAUGCCCGGGGUCGCCUACACGACCGGCAGCGACCUCGACAGCGACCACAAGGAGAUCCACUUCUCCCUCGGCUACAUCCAGGGCAUCAACCCGCCCGAGCGCCGGCACGCCGAGAUCAUGGGCGUCGUCACCCACGAGCUCGUCCACUGCUACCAGUACAACGCGCACGGCACCUGCCCGGGCGGGCUGAUCGAGGGCGUGGCCGACUGGGUCCGCCUCGAGUGCCAGCUGGCCCCGCCGCACUGGAAGCGCGGGGACGGCACUGGCGAUGGCGACAGCAACGGCGGCAGGUGGGACGCGGGCUACCAGAAGACGGCAUUCUUCCUCGAGUACCUCGCGGGCCGGUUCGGCGCGGACACGGUCCGCCGGCUCAACGAGAAACUCCGCACGACGAGGAGGUACGAGGACAAGCCAUUCUGGACCGAACUCGUGGGGAGGCCGGUCGAGCAACUGUGGGAGGAAUACAAGAAGCACAUCAAGGACAAGGCCACGGAGGCUUAA